CCAUCUGAGCUCUGGCUUUCUGCGGCUGAUCCAGAAUUACGCUGGCCGUUAGCUGCAGAGCAACAAGAAGCGUUGUUUCAUACUGGCUGCCCCUCCGAAGAGUCAAAAGGUCAUGCAUGCAGCUUGCGUUUUGUCCGUCCCCAGCCCUCGAGACAAUGCGCUACCCGUAGCCGGAGGCUCUUCCUCCGUCUAGCCUCCGUCUUUCCCCCCCUCUGCUCCCACCGCUCCCAGAGUUCCCUAUGUUAACCCUCUUGAGCAUGUUUUACUAUAUAUGUCUGCGGCGGCGCUCCAGGAGCGGCACUCGAGGCGAGGCCCUGACUAGCCGGCGUGCCGUGGAGUCGGGCCAGCGGGCGGUGCUGCCGGUCAGCGUGGAGGUGGAGCAGUAUGCCAAGGAGGUUCUGGACUUCAGCUCCCACUACGGCAGUGAGAACAGCAUGUCCUACACCAUGUGGAACCUGGCCGGGAUUCCCAACGUUUACCCCAGCUCGGGGGACUUCACGCAGACGGCCGUGUUCAGAGCUUACGGGAAGUGGUGGGAACAGUGCGCCAGCGCUCCCUUAACGUUCCGCCGGACCCCCGACGGCUUCCACAGUCAGGAUUACAUAGAGCUGGGCUUUGAGGAGCCCGUCUACCCUACGGCGGUGGAGGUGUUUGAGACUUAUUAUCCCGGAGCCAUCGUCCAAAUCCUGGCCUGCUCCCACAACCCGUUUUCCCAAAACCCGCCUACUGAUGUCAGGUGGGAGGUGUUGUGGUCAGGAGAGCCCACCAAAGCGCUGACCCCCCAGGCUCGACAGUUCUCCCCGAAAAUCAAGCACAUCAACUUCCCCACCAAUCUGCUCCGGCUGGAGGUCAACAGCUCCCUGCUGGACUAUUACACCGAGCUGGACGCUGUUAUCCUCCGCGGCGUGAAGGAGAGGCCCAUGCUCGCGCUUUAUAAGAUGCCUCUUAUAGACAUAAGCGACUUGAGUGACAGUGAGGACGAGAUGUCUGACGUCAGCGGUCCUUUCAAACCAGGAGGAGACGGCAAACAGCAGAGGACGGCCAACGGCUUCUUUGACAAACUGCCAUAUGAGCUCAUCCAGCUGAUUCUGAGCCACCUGACCCUGCCUGACCUCUGCCGUCUGGCCCAGACCUGCAAGCUGCUGCACCAGCACUGCUGCGACCCGCUGCAGUACACCCAGCUGAGCCUGCAGCCGUACUGGGCCCGGCUGAGUGACGCCUCCCUGGGACACCUGCAGAGCCGCUGCACCCUCCUCCAGAGGCUCAACCUGUCCUGGACGGGCAGCCGCGGCGCUCUCACCCUGACGGGCUUCAGCAGUUUCAUAAAGGCCCGCGGUAACAGCCUGGUGUGCCUGGAGUUGUCGUGUUGUCACUUCCUGAAUGAGCCGUGUCUGGAGGUCAUCGCGCAGGCCUGCCCCAAACUGCAGGAGCUCAACCUGUCGUCGUGCGACCGCCUCCACCCGCAGGCCUUCACGCACAUCUCCAAACUCUCACUCCUCCGCCGGCUGGUGCUGUACCGCACCAAGAUAGAGCAAACAGCCAUCCUCAGCAUCUUGACCUUCUGCCCUGAGAUCAGACAUCUCAACCUGGGGAGUUGUGUGAGGAUAGAGGACUAUGAUGUGGUUGCCAGCAUGCUGGCCACUCGUUGCCGCUCCCUGUGCUCUCUGGACCUGUGGCGCUGCAGGAACCUGACGGACCGAGGCCUGGCCGAGCUCGUGACCGGCUGCAGGGCGUUGGAGGAGUUGGACCUGGGCUGGUGUCCCACCCUGCAGAGCAGCACCGGCUGCUUCCAGCAGCUCGCCCGCAGCCUGCCCCGACUGAGGAAGCUCUUCCUCACCGCCAACCGCACCAUCUGCGACUCGGACAUAGAGGAGCUGGCCGCCUGCUGCCCGGCGCUGCAGCACCUCGACAUACUGGGAACACGGUUGGUGAGCGCCGCGUCUCUCAAGAAGCUCCUCCAGGCGUGUCCUCAGCUCGUCCUGCUGGACGUCUCCUUCUGCUCCCAGGUGGACACCCGGGCGGUCCAGGAACUCUCGAGCCUCUUCCCCGGCGUGGCCAUCAAGAAAAGCUUUACUCAGUGACCCCACGCCGGCCGAGAGGCGGCGCGACCGGCGAGAGGUUCACCAGCAGGUUCUGGCUCCGCGACGGGUCCGAGUCCCGCCGAACGCCAGGAGGAGCUCACGUCCUCGUAGCGGUCGGACGUUGUCAGAGAGAUUCUUGGGACUUUGACUGGACGGACAAGCGGCCGGCCUUCAGACUGUACAACAUGAAAACCUUCCUUGUUAUUUCGCGCCCCGUUCUGAAUCAGGGUUGCCGAGCUCUUCUCUUAAUCUGACACUCAACAUCUAGUUUUCAUUUUUAUUUUUUUCGUAUCGCCAAAAACCAAAAGGACGAGAAACUCGGAGUGACGAGCGACAUGCAAAGAAAGCGACGUCAGUGCAUCGUGCUGCUUACUUAGGCUGAAAGGUUGAACUCAGAGGGAGAGAGAUCGCUGCAGAUUGUUGCUCAUCGGAUGAAAUGCUAUGGAAAGGUAUUUAACCCCUUAUAGAUUUCUCGUCUUUACUUGAUUUUUUUUCAGACGAUUAGACAAAUAUUAAUAUCAAAUAACUGGAGUAAAUAGAAAGCCGAUCUAUUUGAGUGAACCUUUUCGCUGAUUAUACCAGUGAUCCUUUUUUGUUUGUUUGUUUUUGAAAACAUUCAGAGGUGGACUAAGGAUUCGGUCAUAUUUUCUGGCAGAAAGAAGAGUUUGUCACGUUACAGCAAAGGUCAUCCCAGUCCUGGAGCAGCAAACAGACCCACAGCAUCAUACCGCUGCUACCAUGUCUGACUGUCUGACUGAUGGUUCGAAGUCAGAAUAUUUCCUAAAUUCACUGGGAUUUGAUGUUUCAUGAGACCAUGUUGUUUUGAAUAGAUUCACUUAAUGAAUGAAAUUCUUAUUUGUAACGCUGACAUUGAUUUGAUUAUGAGGGAAAGUGACAGAAAAACAACAAAAAAAGUGAAGUCUGCGGGGGGGAAAUACUGAUAGGAAAGAACAUGAUCAAACUUGUUUUAUUUCAAUUUUUUUGUAAAAAUGUAAAAACCAAGCAGAGUUGAAAAAUCCACCGGCAUCAAUUUGGAAGUUUAACUGGUUGGAAGUAAAAGUGGUAGAGCAAGAACACAAACACAAAGCCGUAGAUUUAAACAGACUCUUCUUAGUUCACCAAACAAUCAGAUUAUUAUUAUUUUUUGCUGUUUUCCUCUAAGGUUAUAGCAUUACAAUAAGGACUCAGAGGUUAUAGCAUUACAAUAAGGACUCAGAGGUUAUAGCAUUACAAUAAGGACUCAGAGCUUCGGGUGGGCCUUGUUUAGUGCUCCUUGUCCUACAGCUUCCUUUUCCUUCCAUUAAACUUACGUAGACCCCAGACUGAAGACAUUAACUUCGGGAUUUCUCUUUUUAAUAUCUAUGAUAAACUGCAUGUUGUCCCAAGUUUUCUACAGCGCCAUCAGUUCUUCCACUGUUAAUAAGCAGAAGAUAUCUGCUUAUUAACAGUCGAAAAAAAUCCUAUGUGGAUUUAAAACUCUGAAUAUUUAGCUUCUUUAGCAGGGGCGAUUUUCAACUUUUUUCUUUGUUCCUUCCCCAUGGAGAAUUCAUCAGUGAUGCGUUUCCUCGUGACGUUCUCAAUAAAUGAAGGUCACGGUUGUGAAGGAGCCCUGCCAAACCAAGGACGUGUAUCAAACUCAGGACUUACCUAUUCUGUACAUACAUAUCAGCAUCAUAUUGUUGUUUUUUGUUUUUUUGAUAAUGUAAGUUACUUUUCAAUCAAAAGACAGAUGUGCUGUGACUUACAUCAGACUGAGUCGGCUUUAACAACAGCAGCCACUAAUGUAACAGGAAGUAGAAAUGUACGUUGACGCUGCUGCUGCUGCUGUUUCGAAAAAAAUCUGCUGAUUAUUUAUUUCAGUGACUGAAACUUUGGGAGAGUCAGCUUGAGAAGCGGUUUUAUUCCCCCCACUCUUUCUUUUCAGCAAGAAAACUUGAGCUUUUCUUCAAAGGACCUGCUAGUGGUAAAUAUUUGUGCCUUAUUGUCCCGUUUGAAGGUUGUGUGGUUGAGUUUCGAUUGUCGCUCUGAACCAAAGGAAUUGACAGUGUCCCGCUGAAUCGGGGCCCUGGGAUCUGAGCGCAGCGCAUCAGCCACGCAAAUUAAUAUGCAAAAAUGACAUUUGUUUAUACCUUCCUGUGUUCAGUCUUGUUGCCAACGCUGUUAAAGAUGUGCAGAAAGCCUUCAAAUAAGUUCUGCGUUGAUUUGGUUGAAUAUUUUUUUCCCCCUGUAUCUGGUUAAAAGCCCGUUUUCAAUUCAUUGAUAGACGAUUGUAUCCACAACACUUUGCACUCUUAACAAGAUCAUUGCGGCUUUUGGAGGAGAAACGUCAGAGAUCAAGUUUGGGAAUGAUGUUACAGAUGUUUGUUUUAUGGAUUGUCUGCUGCUGAGCUGCUGAAACAUCCAGAAAGUCCUUUUUUUCCUUGCCUUUCUCCCAGACAACUGGUUUGCAUAUAGACGUCAGUAUACCUGAAAAUUGUACUAAAGAGCAGCACUACUACAUAUUUUUACUCCAGUGAAAGGAAAGAAAGCAGCAGUCGUCCAAGAAAUGACUUGAAAAAGACUGGAAAAAAAUUCAAGUGAUCAAAAUAUUUAAUAUUUAAAAAUGAUGAAGUUAAGGAGUCAGCAGUUCUCUCUGGGUACUCCGGCUUCCUCCAAGAGUCUCUAAGGGCGAGUUGGUUGUUUAUCCUGUGUGCCUCAGUGUUGCCUAGGCAACCUGCCAGCGAGCAAACGACCACCAGAGCAAACGACCCCCACUUGCAGAUCGAUCCCAAUUUUUUUUCAAAUCAUUCCCCCCCCACUAUUGAAUAAAUGUACUAAAAUUAAAUACUGAAUCUGAAAAAAAAAGUGGAUUUAUUUGAAGGCUUUUAACACCUGACUGACUAUUUCUGGUUCUGGAGUUGAGGUUUUCCCUUCUUCUGUAUGUUUAAAGUAAGCAGAAGAAGAACCAACCCAGUUCUUAUCCUAUUAAAACAAUUUGUUAAACAGUUAAUGAUUUUUUCCAGGUUUAUUGGCUUGGUUGGUUGAAAACCUCACAUUUAACCUUUACAGUUAAAGUUAGUUAUUUUGAUAACUUUUUUUCGCCCCUUCAUUCAUCCACCAAACUCAAGUGUAUCAUUUCAAGCAGAUGUGAAUAAAAGUAUCCCUGUCAGAACACAUUGGAUGUCUACAAUGUACAGCUAAUGGCCUCCAUUCACCCUCUCAUGCCAUGUGUGAUCAUUGCUGUGGAGGGAGGUUGUGUGCUUCACUGGCUCGGUGGUUCGAAUAAACUGGAGAGAGCUUCCA